GGAUGCACGACACUGGUUAUGAUGAUGCCAUACAGACUCAUGUCAAAAAUACCGAACUAUCCCUUUAAGCGGGAAAAAACUUCACUCACAAGAAGCAGUAGUAACAGGAAUUGAAACAGCUACUUUGCACAGUUUGGAAUGGAAACAAAAAUCUGUUUGAGAAACAGCAAUGAGGUGUAAUGUAACACUGUAAUAAUUUUAACACCCAAAAACCUACAGAUUAACUGACUCAUUUUGACACCACAAACCUGGUGUUGUGUUUGUGGACACAAACGGCUCUUUUCUCUGGUCCUCACACUCAGCCUUAACUCCCAUGAUGUUCAUCUGUCUCUCCCUGUUUUAAUGUCUCCUCACUCUCUGCGCCGCUUUCUCCAGCUGAAUUAUCUUUCUGCUCUUGCCGCUCAUUAUGUGUAGGUUGCGUGGCUCGUCCCUCACUUAAAUUCUCUGCCUCUACCUGACUUUCUGCAAAAGCUUCUUUCUUUUUUUGGAAAAAGAACGUUUAGACAGAACAUUUUACAUAACUUUGUUUCUCGUUUUAGACACAUUCACGUGGUGAAUCGCGCUGUAUGUUGCACAAGGGAGACCCGCACUGGAAAUUUUGUUUUUACAUUAGUGUGCUUGUUACAUUAGCCUUGUCACUGUUUGCUCGCUAAAGUGAAGAGACUCACGCACGCCUAAUUUAGAGGGGCAGUAAGAGGGGAUAAGCCAACUGGUUUUCUCACGUUUGGUUUUGACUAGGCUUAAUUCCAAUUAAAUAUAUCUUUAAUGUCCUUACAGUCAUUUUCUGUUAGUACAAUAAACCUCAUUUCAAUCCUGAAAUAUUACUGUGUCCAUCAGUUAUUAGCAGUGAUGGUAGUAACGGCGUUAUAUUAAACGGCGUUACUAACGCCGUUACUUUUUUCAGUAACGAGUAAUCUAACUAAUUACUCUGACGGUAACUAUAACGCCGUUACCAUUUCCGACACCCCGUUACUGCACGUUACUUUAGCUGCUGAAUAAAACUUCGCGCAUACAGACAAAGGGCCCUAUCGUACACCCCGCGCAAGGCGUGUAGCGUGGCGCGUUGCCAUCAUACACCCCGUCAACAGUCUAUUUUGAUGCCUUGCACGCGUCCUUACAAUAGCGUUGGACGUUUGGAAUAUAUUAACGCUGAUGGGCGUGGUGGUCUGGAAAUGAUGUGUGUUCAGGUAAAUUUCUGGCCUGUUUCUAUCUUGGCAGCGGAAAAAAGCUUUGCGCGAUUGAUCACCCUUCUUUACUACAGAAAAAUAAAGCUCACCCAGAGCCUUCAGCAAUCAACUAUAAAAAAUAAAAUAUACUUAAAAUCUGCACAGUAACUACAAAUCAUUAUUAGUUAUAUUUAUUUCUGUCAGUUAUAAUGAUUUAUAUUUAUGUUUAGUACACAGACGAAAUAACUGUAACUAGCAGACAGGCAUUCUGCUGUUUAAGAAUUUCAACAGAUGCUUAUUCUCACUCAAAAGCUGGAGUUUUUGAUAUGGAAAAUUAAAAGAGAAAAUAACAUUGACUAAACAUAAAUUUAUUUUAUUUAACUUUGCUAUUAUUUAACUGAAUUUCACUUUUAUAUCUGAAAAAUAAAGCACAUUGUCGGCGUAUGGUGAUGCCCGUCAAUUAUAUAAAACUUAAAACAUUUGAAAUACACAGAAACAUAAAGCUAUACGUUAGAAUUCGUUUCUUAUCACCAGGGCAAAUUUAUUAAAAUAUUAAAUAUAUUAAUUAAUUAAUUAAAAUCUCAUCCAGUGCUCUUAAAUGUUGCAGGCACGCAAAGUGGUGCAAGGCGCAGCGCGCGCGACAUUGCGCGCAGAAUAACAUCUCUCUUCUAAAAAAAACGUUUUAAUAAAUAAGGUCGGACAAGUGUAGUUAGAUUCAUGUUAUUAAAUUCACUAAAGCCAACAAAUGUACUGAUAAUUAAUCAAGAGAAAUCAGGCAAAAUGCGCUGCGCCUCUUCUCUUUGGUUUUUCCGUUUUUUUUUCAGUAUUACAAGUCUUAGUAAUUUUCUUUGGUCGUGUGGAGUUUUUCGUUUCUUAUUUUUUUUUUAUUCGUUAGAUUAUAUUUUUGUCAACAUUUUGGGUUUAUUUUCGUUUCUUAUUUAUAUUCACUCUAUAUUCACUCUAUAUUAUUAUUUAUAAACUCUAUAUUCAGUUGUUCAUAAAACAGAUUUGAUCUUGUGUGCUGUCCUCCUCAUUUCCACAUCAAAUAUUCAGAAAUGUUUGUUAUAAAAUUAUGUGCUCAACAUUUUCAUUGCAUCGCUGUAAUGUUUUAUUUACUGUUACUUUGUUAAGUUAAAGCGAUGCUGAUCUUUAAAAACUUGUUUUUUUUUUGUCAUGUUGUGGUGCUAGUCAAAACAAUGCAAAAUGUUUAAAAUCCACCACAUUUUAUUGUAUCAUUUAUAAUGUUUUCAUUUAGUUAUUUUUUAUAUAAAAAGAGUUAUUAUAAAUGCUGUACAGGCCUACGGUAUAUAUGUAUUGGGCAGAACCGAGCUAAAUGUAUUAGUCUGGCUCUGUAAAACCAUCACAGUGUGGCCCCUUAAAAAAAUUAAUUGGACACCCCUGGGUUAGAGUGAGGUGUGGACAUUAGCUGCUUAUCUAUUGUGUAGUGCUGCUUGCACAAAGUGUUUUGGGAACUGCUCACCAUGUGAUCCAAAUAUUAAUUCUGAUUUGAGAAAUGCACCAAAAUGAUUGUGAAAAACUGUAAUUUGUUCUUUGGCAUAUUUCAGUUUCUCUGUCACUUUGGUGAAUUUCACAAAUUAUAAUUAACAACCGCACAACAGUGAAUACAGAAUAUCUCUUAAAACAUAUUUUGUACAAACAGCUCAACACAAUGGAUGAGCAGCAAAGUUCCACACCUCACUCUAAAUCCUUUGCUUAUGCCCCAAAGGUACGUAUUAUUAUCAGUGUUUGUGUUAGAGCCAUAAGAAUAAAGAGUCCCUUUGUCACUGAUUACAAACAAGUCAGAAAGUUUCUGUUUGUAAGACAGGAGUGAGAAAUGGCUUCUGUAAUGAGCACAAGUGUCUAGAUGAUGUAUAAGUUGAACAAAUAGAUUUAAGAAAUUCAAUUCUGAAAUGGGAAAUGAUCCAAAGCGACCGAGAAACAUGUAAACAUGGAAGUAUCACAGCGUUGCAGGACUUUUAUUUUGACAGCUAGUUGGAUUUCCGGAGCAGAGCCAGAAAGUCUCUAUAGAGGAGAAGACCCACUUCAGAAUGUCUUCCAGGUUUAUUAGACAGUAAAGCGGGCUUCCGAGUGAGUUCAGAAUGAACGAGAUCAUAUUGGGAAAUUGAGUAAAUAAUAGCUUUAAAUAAUUGUUUAAUAAUCUGAACAGUAACUAUUUUAUUAUUUUUUCAACACUGAACAAUAUCAAUUUUUAGUACCAAACACAACAUUAAAGCUUUUAAACUCCAGUUAUAAAUCUUUAAAAUGUGCUCUGCCUGUUACUACAGGAUCACCACCCACUGAACUUUGAUAUACUUUGUAAAAUUAAAGGAAAAUCUCAGACAAGUCGUUAUACACUGUUUUAAAUGAGAGUUUUUUAGCUGUUCAGCUCCAUUCACCUCCAUUCAUUGAGGGCUCACUCGCGGGCUCCCUCUAGCGUUCAGCAGUUAUUUUCUGAUAUACCGGGGGAGACAGGGAGUGGGCGGGCUCUCCAUAACCCGGCUGUAGCUGAUCUUCGGGGGUCUACAGCUGGAGUGUUUUUGGAGCUUUGUUCUCCCACACCGCUGGAGGAACAGGAUCAGCUGAACUACAGAAGAAAUUGAAGUAUUCCAAGUUGUCUUCUGAAGUGUAUCACCGCAAAUAAACACGGAGAAUUCACCAAAGAUUAAUCUGAAAGAGGUGAAGCACACGGCAUCCAGAAGUAUUUUCAGUACCUGAAAAAGUUGUUUCCUACAUCUCACAUACAAAUGAUGCCAAGUCCGGGCAAGGAGGAAUUAUACCACUCUGGAAAAAGUUUUACCAAAAUUCACCAACAUGUUUACACAAAGGAGAAACCGCAUCACUGCUCAGACUGUGGGAAGAGUUUUACUACACAGGGUCAUCUCAAACAACACCAACAAGUUCACUCAGGAGAGAAACCGCAUCAGUGCACAGAGUGUGAGAAGAGUUUUACUACACAAAUUCAUCUCAAACAACACCAGCGCAUUCACAUAGGAGAAAAACUGUAUCACUGUUCAGACUGUGGGAAGAGAUUUACUGCACCAUGUUAUCUCAAAAAACACCAGCGCUUUCACACAGAAGAGAAACCGCACCACUGCUCAGAGUGUGGGAGAAGUUUUAAUCAUCUGAGUCAUCUUAGACAGCACCAGCGCAUUCACACAGGAGAGAAACCGUAUAAGUGCCCAGACUGUGGAAAGAGUUUUACUCAACAGGGUGAUCUAAACAGACACCAGCGCAUUCACACAGGAGAGAAACCGUAUCAGUGCUCAGAAUGUGGGAGCAGUUUUACUCAACAGGGAGAUCUCAAAAUACACCAGCGCAUUCACACAGGAGAGAAACCGUAUUACUGUUCAGACUGUGGAAGAAGUUUUAAUAAUCAGAAUCCUCUCAAAAGACACCAGCGCAUUCACACAGGAGAGAAACCGUAUCACUGCUCAUACUGUGGGAAGAAUUUUAGUGAACCGGGUCAUCUCAAAAUACACCAGCGCAUUCACACUGGAGAGAAACCGUAUCACUGCUCAGAGUGUGGGAAAAGCUUUAAUCAACAGAGUAAUCUCAAAAUGCACCAGCGCAUUCACACAGGAGAGAAACCGCAUCAAUGUUUAGAGUGUGGGAGCAGUUUUUCUGCACCAAAUACUCUCAAAAGACACCAGCGCCUUCACACAGGGAAUAGCUGUACCACUGCUCAGAAUGUGGCAAUAUAGUUUCGGACAUUCCAAAAUAUUAAAGAAGGAAAUGUAUAUGCAUGAGGGUUAUGAUGUAAUAAUUUAUGAUUUAAUAGUGUCAUAUGUUUAGCUCAGUUACACAAGACCUUGGAAAUUGUUUGAACAUUAUUGUUUAGCAGUGGAUAUAAAUGUUCUGCUGAAGCAGCCUUUCGGAAUGGUAAAAGCAAAUGAAUGCGUAUGUAUGGAGUGAUGUUUUCACACUUUAUUUAUAGUAACAUAUAUGAAUUGUAUGUUAGAGUGUGUGUGAGAACUACCCCCGGGUGAAAGGUGACACUGUUUAAUUUCUUGGUAAAUAUUGUGACGAUACUAUUAGUUCUCUUAUUCUCUCUUUGGAAUGUAAUGUGUUGAUAUAAAUUUACUCUGUUUUAUUGUAUUUUUUAUUAUGUUUUUCUUCUGUGUCUGUGUACUGAAACAAUGUUUUUAGUAAAUGUUAGUAAUGUUA